UUUGACCACUGCACAGAGAGACCAGACUGCAUGUGUUUUAGGUGUGUAUACUGUUUAUCAGUGAUAAAUGCUGCAGUUGUCCCGAUUAUCAUGUAUAAUUAUAGGCCGUUUUCUAUCAAUAGGAAGGAAGACUUUCUGUGCUGCACACGUUCAGUACUGCGAGAUCUGCAUGGGCUCCUCGACAUACAGACCUUGGAGGAUCUUGUGGCCAAGCUGGAGUUUGAAAAUGAGCUGAACCGCGUCUGCAGUAGAUCCUUGCAGAGUAAAAACCCAGAAUCCUCUUUACACCAAAGAGAAGGAGCAAACAGUGGUAUGGAAGAGGAGAGUACCGACCGCUGGGUUCACGAUAGUAAUGAGGAAUAUUCCUUCUUGCUGGACACGAUUCUUGAGAUUGAGCGGGACAGUGACUUCACUGCUGACUGUGAUGACAGUUCUUUGGAGCUGGACUUACAGUUAUCACCAUAGUUUGAUGUCCUUAAGCAUAUUUAUGUUAUACUUUUUCUGUUCAGAUGGAAUUGGGU